AUUCCCGCUGUUGAUUAUUCAACCGAUAUCUCAUCUUGUCCUCUUCUUUUAGUUCAGGUAACGCGGUUCAAGUGUGGAGGAAUUUGUGUGGGAGUUGGAUGGCAUCACUAAUUAUCAGACGGCGCAGGCUAUGGACAUAUUAUCAACUCUUGGGGUAACAUAACACGUGGCUUCCCCGUGGUCGUCAAACCAUUUCUUGAUCGAACGGUUCUCCGAGCUUGGACUCCGACAUCCCCUACAUUUCGCCACACAGAAUACGAACCACCCCCUUCCAUGAAUAACCCUAGACAUCAAUUCCAACCUAUUUCCACUACGAUUCUCCAAAUUACCACUAACCAACUUACCAUUCUAAAGAGAAUAGCGAACGAACGAGAUUACAGCACGUACGAGAUUCUCACUGCACACGUGUGGCGUUGCGCCUGCACAGCACGUGGUUUAGUGGAUGAUCAAGCAACGAGAUUACACGUGGCAGUGAGUGGACGGUCAAGAUUGUCUCCUCCACUCCCAUUAGGGUAUUUCGGCAAUGCCAUAUUCCAUGCGAGACCCGUAGCUUUUGCCGGUGAUCUCCGAAGAGAAGCAUUGAAACAAAGCGUAAAGAGGAUUCGUGAAUCGAUAAAGAGAGUUGAUAAUGAAUACAUGAGAUCAGCUCUUGCCUAUUUAGAUCAACAUCCUGAUAUUGACUCUCUGUCACCCCAAAAAGGAAACGAAAUUUACCGAAAUCCUAACCUUGCGAUCACAGCUUGGAAUCGGUUGUCACUCAGUGAGUCAGAUUUUGGUUGGGGAAAGCCUAGAUAUGUUGGACCUACGGGUAUAUACAGCGAAGGUAAAGGGUAUAUAGGCAACGAUCCAAAGAAUGAUGGCAGCUUAUCAUUGGCUAUAUGCUUGGAGACCAACCAUUUAAAGCUGUUCAAGAAAAUCUUCUAUGACAACAUCAAUUUGGGUUCUUCAAUGUGAGAAAUGAUGAACGUAUUAGUUAGUGUUUGUUUUAUUUCUUGCGAAAGUGGUUAUCUAAUGUACUCGGUGUGUUUUUAUUCCUUUUUUUCUAAUGACAUACAAAAUAUUUAGAGAGGGAAGAAGAAGAAGGCAGUGUUAGAGAGAGAAAACGUGAGAAGUGAAAAAGAUUAGUGGGUGGAGUUGGGUGUUUUCAGAAUUUCUUAAUAUGAACUUAGUUCGUUUUUCUAAA